UACACCUAAAGUGGAUCGUGUGUGAUACUUGAGUGCCCUUUUAGUUGUAAAUUCCUAUGGAAUAGACAUGGAGUGUGUUUGCAUCUCCUUGAUCUAAAUUGUAUCACCUCCAGAGAGAAACUCCUCUGGAAUCCACAUCUGGUAUUCUGACACCCCUUCCUCUAAAGUGUAAAUUACGAUGUUUUCUUUUGAUAGUGGACAUUCCAAUCUAGGAAGCAGUAACAACAGUUGCACGGAUAUAGAUUUAGUUCUGUUAUAGUAUUAUGUUAAAAUUUCCUCUUCUCAAAAUUAACAGAUUGCCAUCCAGCAUGAGAAGAUCGCAAAUGUAAUGUUUGUCUGAUGUUUCUGUCUUCAGAUUGGACUAAGUUACAAAAUCAUGUGUAAAAUGCUUGAAUGUGUGAUGGAGCCACAGUGCCACCUUUUGGUAAGAUUCUGGUAUAGCGUAAGGUAUCUUCAAAACAGAUUUUGUUUUAUAGUUGUGUAUUAUUCCAAACGGUAAAUGCCUGACACACAAUUUUAUAACACGAAUUAAGCUAACACUAUAUGAAAUAUGUACAAUCCAUUAGUGUUGUUUCAUAUGCAUGUUUGUGACAUUUUAACUAGGUCUGCUUUUAUUUUUACAUCAAGUAAUUUCGAUUAUGUUAUGUUAAAACAUGUAAACUAUGUAUUGAGUCAUGGUGGGUUCUGUGAAUGGUGAAUUAGGAUUUCGAAACUUUAAAACACGAUAGAAGUGAGUUAAUAAAGUUACGAAUAUCGAAAUAUCGCUAAAGGAAGUGACGCGAUUAGCCUUUCCGGAUACGCCUCCAAACUAAAACAUAUAUAAUAUAGACUCCGAUAUAACUUAGCUCUCUCUUACUUUUACAUUCUCUCUUACUUUUACACUUCCAAACUCUCUUCUUAAAUCUACGUUGGAUCCAUUCGUUAUUUACUUUCGUUCUACUUUGAUUUCGUACGUUAUUUUACUUCGUUUGAGACACGUGUUGAAUUUUUCCUCACGUAAUAAUUAGCGGCGCUGAAGUACUUUUAGUACUUUUAUUUUGAAGGCUCAAGACACGAACACAGUUAAUUCUUUUAUAAGUUUUAGUUUAUAUAUCUUGUCAAGUAUUGUCGCCUGAUUCACAGAAAGUGAAUUUAGUUUAAUUCUUGGACUUAGUGACUACAGAGGAUUCGCAAGGCCAGCGUUUCGUCCUACAGUUAUUUUAGACCAGAAGUUGGAUUAGUUCAUAAUCAAAGCCAAAGACCAACCACUCUGAGGAACUUUUCUUAAGACAUUGAUCACAAGCCAAAAGGACAUCACCGUGGUUGACCGCUCAAGGAGACGUAUAAACGUUUCAGCCGGACAAAGACAUUAUCCUCCAGACUACCUGCCUCCAACGCACUCAAAGCGCCAAGCCGCGCUGGGCCUUGGACUGGAGCGCUUGCCACUGGUAUCGGUGACGACACGUUCUUGGACCUGUGAUUCUGAACAGCAGCCGAGCAGUACCAGCCGGAGGAGAAAGAUCCUGAAGUCCCUCCAUCUCUACAACAAAAUGAGGCCGAUCUAUUGCUGCAGUGUUUUGCUGUUGCUUGCCCUCAUUCCCACAGCCUGUCAAGGGGGCAACAUCCUGGUCCUUCCUACUGAAGGCAGCCACUGGAUAAACAUGGAUAUCUUACUUCAUGCUUUGCACUCAAGAGGACACAAUAUAACUAUUCUGCGUUCCAGCAAAAGCUGGUACAUCAAGGAUAAAUCUUCUUAUUACGAUACCUUUACAGUUGAAGUGGAGAGGAGCUUAGAUCAGAAGUUCAUAACAGAAAUCAUAUCUAAGGUAAUUGAAUUUGAAAGGGGGUCUCUUCCCUUUGAGAACUUUCUCCAUGUGACUAUAGGAAUGUUCAGCACAUUUGUUGAAGCUCACACAAGCAUAGGUGAAUUUGUGUCAGCGAUGCUAGGUGAUCAAGAGUUGAUGAGGAACUUGAAGCACAGCAAGUUUGACCUGGUGCUCACCGACCCCUGCUGGGGUGGUGGAGUGAUUUUGGCCAAAUAUUUGAAUCUCCCUUUGGUUUACAAUGUUCGCUGGCUACUUGGUGGAGAGGGUCAUCUUGCUAUUGCUCCUUCACCUUUAUCAUAUAUUCCUAUGACAGGAUCUGGCUACACUAAUAAGAUGACCUUUUUUCAGAGAGUUAUAAACAUGGUUUUGAGUCUAGCAAAUGAUGUACAAAAUCACCUGCUGGUUAAGCAAAUAUACCAGAAAAUAUGUGACAAAUAUCUUGGGCCCGAUAAUGACUAUAACAAGCUAGUGCUUGAUGCAGACCUUUGGCUCAUGAGAGUGGACUUUGUGUUUGAGUUCCCUCGUCCCACCAUGCCUAAUGUAAUCUAUAUGGGAGGGUUCCAGUGUAAACCUGCCAAACCUCUACCUGAACACCUGGAGGAGUUUGUGCAGAGUUCUGGAGAGCAUGGAGUCAUCAUCAUGUCUCUGGGGACUUUUGUGAGUGAACUUCCUGCUGAUAUAACAAACGAGGUCGCUGCUACUUUUGCUCAAUUACCUCAGAAAGUGAUCUGGAGGCAUAAAGGGGACAGACCCGCAACUCUGGGCAACAACACUUUAAUAGUCGACUGGAUGCCACAGAAUGAUCUUUUAGGACACCCUAAAAUAAAACUAUUUGUGGCUCAUGGAGGAACAAAUGGCGUGCAAGAGGCUAUUUAUCACGGAGUCCCAGUUGUGGGUCUGCCUGUGUUUUUCGACCAAUACGACAACCUGCUGCGUCUGAAACAGAGAGGAGCAGCUCAGAUUCUUACAUUAGCCACAGUGGACAAAAACAACAACUUCCUGAAGGCCAUACAGGAAGUCCUGAAUGAGCCCUCCUACAGAUUCAACAUGCAGAGACUCUCUACACUGCACCGAGAUCAGCCAAUAAAGCCCCUGGAUAACGCCCUCUUCUGGAUAGAGUUUGUCAUGAGACACAAAGGUGCAGCCCACCUGAAAGCAGUGUCUUACAGACUGCCCUGGUAUAUCUACCACUCUGUGGAUGUCUUUUUGUUCCUGGCUGGAGCUGUGCUGCUUGUACUUUUAAUCCUUUUCAUUUUCAUCAGGUGUUUUUACACUACAGUGUGUAUACAUAAAGUCAAACAUGACUAAUCCUUCAACAGAUAUUCAUUUUGUACAUUCAAUUUACAAAAAUUAAUACAACAUCAAUAUGAAAAUAGAUUUUGAUUUAGCAUUUUUACAUUUUGUUCUUAAGCAAUGGCAUUAAUUUUAUGUACUGUAUUUUAACAACUAUUUUUGUAUAAACUUAAUACAUUUUUCAAAACCAACACUGUACAAAUAAACAAAUGUAAAUUGA